AUGUCCAAAAACAAUUUGCUAAGAGUAACUCAAAUGAAUGCAAUUUAUUUGGAUAAAGAAAUUUACAAUUCUUUAUAUCAAAUAUUUCUGGAUUCUAUUAAAAAUCUGAAUCCUGGUUUUGUUGCCCCAUACGAAUCGGAAAUUAAUCUAGCACUGAGAUUACUAAUUUUAAAUAAUUCUGUGCUAAAAAAUGGCAGUACAUUUGGCCAACAAUUGCUUUCCAUCAAAUAUGAAGAUAUAUCAAUGACAAAAAGAUUAUUGUAUUUGUUUGGAUCCUGCUUGGACUAUGUUAAAACGAGGUUUGAAAUGUGGAUGCCCACUCAUGAUAUGAAUAAUGUACUUUUUAAAAUAUACAUGAUUGCUAAGUUGCUUGAUUUCAUAAACAUAUCCAUAUUUUUAAGAAAUGGUGUUAAACCUUUACUUAUUGAAAGAAUAUUAGGUUUAAAUCAAGUAUAUGCUACAGAAAAUGCUCAAAGGCAUUUUGAGUCAAAAUAUUUAGUUAGAGAAUUGUUAUGGAAUGGUUUUAUAGAAAUUUUUGUAUAUGUCCUUCCACUUAUAAAUUAUCAUAAGAUUAAAAGAACAAUAAAAAAUUUGAAUCCACUUCAUAAGAAAAUUAUUCUUGGAGUUGUACCAAAAAGAAACAUGACUAUGCAUACCAAAUGUGCUCAUUGUGGGGAAAAUCCAAUUUUGCCACAUCAUAUGGGUUGUCCACAUAUAUUCUGUUAUGUGUGUUUAAAGGGAAACCAGUCAGCCGAUCCUAAAUUUGAGUGUCCCAUUUGUGAAUAUAAAAACAUAAAUAUAGUGUGCGAUCGCAUAACUGUGAUAUAA